AUGCUAUAUUAUCUUGUACAGGCGCUUGCCGUCUUGUCCAUUGUUAGCGCUGCCCAAGUCAGCAACGUUUUUCAGAGCUUCAAUAGUCUUGUUUGGCAGAAUGGUGCAUCAUAUGCAUUAAGUACCCCAGCUGCUCCAAAUUGGAUCGCCACAUUAUCAUGGCAGAUUUUAGGAUCAAAUGUUAAAGCUGGCGACAGCUUCACAUUGCACAUGCCAUGUGUUUUCAAGUUCACCACUACACAAACCGGAGUGAGCUUAGCAGUCGGUAAUACAGUGUACGCCACUUGUAACUUUGAACCAGGUGAUUUGGUGGUUGCAUUUUCAGAAUUGCAGUGUGUUGCUACUUCAAAUGUUCAAGCUUCUACAAAUGCUUACGGUACUGUUUCUUUCCCAUUCACAUUCAAUGUCGGUGGAUCGGCAAAUGCUGUGGAUCUCCAAAGCUCCACCUGCUUCAAUUCCGGAACUAAUACAGUGACAUUCACCGAUGGCGGAAACCCACUUAGUAUUUCUGUCAAUUUCCAAGGCGGCUCAAACACAAAUGCUGCUACUGGCGUGAGCACCAACAAUAUUGUGUAUUCAAAUCGUAUUGUGCCUACUUUGAAUAGGCAGCAAGUUUAUCUCUUGGCCGGCAGCUGUCCCAACGGAUACACAAGUGGAACUUUGGGUGUUAGCGUUACAUCUGGCCUGAUUGAUUGUCUGAGUGUCCAUGCCGCUAUAAGCAACGCCUUUAAUGCUUGGUACUACCCUGAAUCAGCAAGCACUUUUCUGUACACAAAUACUUGUAGUACAAGCGGAUUCUCCAUUAGUUACUCAAAUGUUCCCGCCGGGUAUAGACCAUUUUUAGAUAUGCUUGUUGCUGUUGCUACCGGUGCAAGUUUGACCACAUCGUUUACAAACAAAUACAAGUGUGUAGGUAGCUCCACAACGGUUGAUAACUCAAAAUCAGUGACGUGGGGAGCCUAUAACAACAACCAGGCGGGUGCUAAUGGUCAGGAAGUUGUUGUUACAACCGUCACGUGGACUGGACUGACAACUUUGGUUACAACAUUGCCAUUCAACUCGGGUGUUGACAAAACAAAAACUAUCCAAGUUGAUGUCCCUGUUCCCACCACAACAUUAUCAUCACAGUUUUGCGGACCAAGCACUUCCUUUACUACAUUCACCGCUACUCCAGGCAAAACAGCCACCGUGAUUGAAUUUGAUCCUAAUACAGCCUUGUGUCCAAUCACCAGUGAGAAACCUACUACUAGUGAGGAACCAACUACUAGUGAGGAACCAACUACUAGUGAGGAACCUACCACCAGCGAAGAAGAAACUUCCAGUGAAGAGCCUACUACCAGUGAAGAACCAACCACCAGUGAGGAACCAACUACUAGUGAGGAACCAACCACCAGCGAAGAAGAAACUUCUACUGAAGAGCCAACUACUAGCGAAGAACCUACUACCAGCGACGAAGAAACUUCAACUGAGGAACCAACCACCAGUGAGGAACCAACCACUAGUGAAGAAGAAACUUCAACUGAGGAACCAACCACUAGUGAAGAAGAAACUUCUACUGAAGAACCAACUACUAGUGAGGAACCAACUACUAGCGAAGAACCAACCACCAGCGAAGAAGAAACUUCUACUGAAGAACCAACUACUAGCGAAGAACCAACUACUAGCGAAGAACCAACCACCAGCGAAGAAGAAACUUCCAGUGAAGAGCCUACCACUAGUGAAGAAGAAACUUCUACUGAGGAACCAACCACCAGUGAAGAACCUACCACUAGUGAAGAAGAAACUUCUACUGAAGAGCCAACUACUAGCGAAGAACCUACCACCAGCGAAGAAGAAACUUCAACUGAGGAACCUACUACCAGUGAAGAACCUACUACUAGUGAGGAAUCUACUAGUAGCGAAGAAGAAACUUCUACUGAGGAACCUACUACUAGUGAGGAAUCUACUAGUAGCGAAGAAGAAACUUCUACUGAGGAACCUACUACUAGUGAGGAACCAACUACUAGUGAGGAACCAACUACUAGCGAAGAAGAAACUUCUACUGAAGAACCAACUUCUACUGAAGAGCCAACCACCAGCGACGAACCUACCACCAGCGAAGAAGAAACUUCUACUGAGGAACCAACUACUAGUGAGGAACCAACUACUAGUGAGGAACCUACCACCAGCGAAGAACCUACAACCAGCGAAGAAGAAACUUCUACUGAGGAACCAACCACCAGCGAAGAAGAAACUUCUACUGAGGAACCAACUACUAGUGAGGAACCUACCACCAGCGAAGAAGAAACUUCCAGUGAAGAGCCUACCACCAGCGAAGAAGAAACUUCUACUGAGGAACCAACUACUAGUGAGGAACCUACCACCAGCGAAGAAGAAACUUCCAGUGAAGAGCCUACUACUAGUGAGGAACCAACCACCAGCGAAGAACCUACCACCAGCGAAGAAGAAACUUCUACUGAGGAACCAACUACUAGUGAGGAACCAACCACCAGCGAAGAAGAAACUUCCAGUGAAGAGCCUACCACUAGUGAAGAAGAAACUUCUACUGAGGAACCAACUACUAGUGAGGAACCAACUACUAGUGAGGAACCAACUACUAGUGAGGAACCAACUUCCACUGGAGAACCAACCACCAGUGAAGAAGAAACUUCAACUGAAGAACUUACUACCAGCGACGAAGAAACUUCCACUGAGGAACCUACUACUAGUGAGGAACCAACUACCAGUGAGCCACCAACUUCCACUGGAGAACCAACUACUAGUGAAGAAGAAACUUCCACUGAGGAACCAACUUCCAUUAGAGAACCAACAACCAGCGACGAAGAAACUUCCACUGAGGAACCUACUACUAGUGAGGAACCAACUACCAGUGAGCCACCAACUUCCACUGGAGAACCAACUACUAGUGAAGAAGAAACUUCCACUGAGGAACCAACUUCCACUAGAGAACCAACAACCAGCGACGAAGAAACUUCCACUGAGGAACCUACUACUAGUGAGGAACCAACUACCAGUGAGCCACCAACUUCCACUGGAGAACCAACUACUAGUGAAGAAGAAACUUCCACUGAGGAACCAACUUCCACUAGAGAACCAACAACCAGUGAGGAACCAACUUCCACUGGAGAACCAACCACCAGUGAAGGAGAAACUUCUACUGAAGAACUUACUUCCAGUAAAGAAGAAAAUUCAACUGAGGAACCUACUACUAGUGAGGAACCAACUACCAGUGAGCCACCAAUAUCUUCCUCAUCAAUUGUACCACCGUAUCAAAAUACAACCGUCUCGGAGACUUCUAGCGAGAACACUGAAACGGGUACUGAGGUUCCGCCCACUGAUACUGGUUCUAACACUGGAGUCCCUCCAACUGGCACUGACACUGGUACUAACACUGGAGUACCACCAACUGGCACUGACACUGGAGUCCCUCCAACUGGCACCGAUACAAAUGUUCCACCAACUGGCACCGAUACAAAUGUUCCACCAACUGGUACCGAUACAAAUGUUCCACCAACUGGUACUGACACUGGAGUCCCUCCAACUGGCACCGAUACAAAUGUUCCACCAACUGGCACUGACACUGGAGUCCCUCCAACGGGCACUGACACUGGAGUCCCUCCAACGGGCACUGACACUGGAGUCCCUCCAACGGGCACUGACACUGGAGUCCCUCCAACUGGCACUGACACUGGUACUAACACUGGAGUACCACCAACUGGCACUGACACUGGAGUACCACCAACUGGCACCGAUACAAAUGUUCCACCAACUGGCACCGAUACAAAUGUUCCACCAACUGGUACCGAUACAAAUGUUCCACCAACUGGUACUGACACUGGAGUCCCUCCAACUGGCACUGACACUGGUACUAACACUGGAGUACCACCAACUGGCACCGAUACAAAUGUUCCACCAACGGGCACUGACACUGGAGUCCCUUCAACUGGCACUGACACUGGAGUCCCUCCAACUGGCACCGAUACAAAUGUUCCACCAACUGGCACUGACACUGGAGUACCACCAACUGGCACCGAUACAAAUGUUCCACCAACUGGUACUGACACUGGUACUAACACUGGAGUACCACCAACUGGCACUGACACUGGAGUCCCUCCAACGGGCACUGACACUGGAGUCCCUCCAACGGGCACUGACACUGGAGUCCCUCCAACUGGCACUGACACUGGUGUUCCUCCAACUGGUACUGACACUGCUACUCCUCCAACUGGUACUGGAACCGGAACCAACACUGCUACUCCUCCAACUGGUACUGGAACCGGAACCAACACUGCUACUCCUCCAACUGGUACUGGAACCGGAACCAACACUGCUACUCCUCCAACUGGCACUGACAUUGGUGUACCUCCAAUUGGAACCAACACUGCUACUCCUCCAACUGGCACUGACAUUGGUGUACCUCCAAUUGGAACCAACACUGCUACUCCUCCAACUGGCACUGACAUUGGUGUACCUCCAACUGGUGGUGGAACCAAUACCGCUACACCUUCAGCUACUAGCCUCGAAACUGGUAAGGUAUAUCCUCCACUUUCGAGUACCACUUUUGAAGGGGCAAUUGUUCCUACCAUUGCUCCAAAUGAGAGUGCAGUAGAACCAACAACUUCUCAAAAACCAUCCACUGAACAACCAUCUGCUGAGCAACCAUCUGCUGAACAACCAUCCGCUGAACAAUCAACUGCUGAGCAAAUUGGAGAAGAUCAAACAGGUGCAGGUCAGACAUUAGGAAUAAGUUCAGGUAAUGAGGGCGUGGCUUCUGCAAUUAAUACUGGCGCUCAAUCAACUGCUACUACAUCCUUAAUUGAACAAUUUUCCACUGUCCCUGUUGAAUCUGCUAGUUCUGCAGUUACCGUUCCAUCAAUGAUUGGAUAUGAAGGUAGUGCAGCAGGUAAAUUCACGAAACGCUCGUCCUUGUUGACUGGAUUCGCAAUCUUAGUGUCAAUUUUAUUGUAA